AUGGCCCUGCCGAUAGACCCCAUGGACGAACCCAGGUUGUACCAGCAGACGUUGCUCCAGGACGGCCUAUACGAACUGCUGGAGAACGACAAGCUGGUUGACUGCGUGCUGAAAAUCAAAGACAAGGAGUUCCCCUGCCACCGGCUGGUCCUGUGCGCAUGCAGCUCUUAUUUCCGCUCCAUCUUUCUGUCCGACCUGGAGGAGAGCAAGAAGAAAGAGAUUGUCUUGGAGGAUGUAGAGCCUGGUGUCAUGGGGCUGAUCAUCAAGUACCUGUACACCUCCAAAAUCAACGUGACGGAGCAGAACGUCCAGGACAUCUUUGCAGUGGCUAAUGUGUACCAGAUCCCUUCAAUUUUUACAGUUUGUGUGUCUUUCCUACAGAAGCGCCUGAGCCUCAGCAACUGUCUGGCUAUCUUCAGGCUCGGCCUGAUGCUGGAUUGUCCAAGGUUGGCCAUUUCUGCCCGAAACUACGCCUGCGAGCGCUUUCAACUCAUCUCAAGAGACGAGGAGUUCCUCCAGCUGCUCCCCGGCGAGUUGGCUGCCAUUUUAGCGAAUGACAAUCUCAACGUAGAGACAGAGGAGGCAGUGUUCGAGGCUCUGAUGAACUGGGUGUCCCGGGACACUGAGGGCAGAGAGAAAGAUCUGCCAGGUCUGCUGGAUUGCGUUCGUUUGCGUCUGGUCAGCGAGGACUACCUGAAGGAAAAAGUGGAGAAACACAAACUGAUCUCCUUUAAUUCUGAGCUGCAGCAGAAACUCCAGAUGAUCAGGGACGCUCAUGCCGGGAAAUUGCCGGAGGUUAAAAAAAGCAUAAAGGAAGAAACAGGAGCAGAGACAGAUGGGGACAGUGAGGAUAAAGAGGAAGAGGAAGGUCUUCUACCAGGCAUCCUGAAUGAUAACCUGCGAUUUGGCAUGUUUGUCAGGAACUUGAUACUGAUGGUGAAUGAGGCGGGCGCUGUGGCCUACGAUCCGACUGGGAACGACUGCUUCGUAGCAUCACUUUCCACACAGAUUCCCAAGAACCACACCAGCCUGGUCACCAAGGAGAACCAGAUCUUUGUGGCAGGAGGAUUAUUCAUUGACGAACAGAACAAAGAAGAUCCACUGUGCUCUUAUUUCCUACAGUAUGACCCGGCCAGCGCCGAUUGGCUGGGGAUGCCUCCCCUCCCGUCUCCCCGCUUCCUGUUUGGGCUGGGUGAGGCUGAGAACUCCAUCUUUGUUUUGGGAGGGAGGGAACUGAAGGAGCAGGAGCACACGCUGGACUCAGUUUUGAUCUAUGACAGACAAUCUUUUAAAUGGGGUGAAUCAGAGCCACUUCCUUACCCCGUCUACGGACAUGCCAUCGUUUCCCACAAUGAUGUUGUUUAUGUGAUAGGAGGAAAGGGUGACAACAAGAGCUGUCUGAAGAAGAUGUGUGCAUUUGACGCCAGAAGAUUUGAGUGGAAGGAGCUUGCACCUAUGAAGGUGGCACGUUCUUUAUUUGGAGCCACUGUUCACAAAGACCAAAUAUAUGUGGCGACAGGAGUCACCGACACUGGGCUGACAGACUCUAUGGAGGUGUACGACAUCGCUACAAACAAGUGGUCAGACUUUGUAGCGUUUCCUCAGGAGCGUAGCUCUCUGAACCUGGUGUCUUUGGUGGGCUUGCUGUACGCUGUAGGAGGUUUUGCCAUGAUGCCUUUGGAGGACAGCGAAGAGAUUGUUCCCAAAGAGAUGAACGACAUAUGGAGGUUUGAUGAAACAGACAGGAAGUGGAAGGGGAUCCUCAAAGAGAUCCAUUACGCUUCAGGGGCCACUAUUCUGGGGGUCCGCCUCAACACCCUGCGUCUCACCAAGAUGUAAAACCCCCUCACGGUCCCUGCUUACAACACAAAUCUGUGCACAGUAACAUCUUACAUUUGUAGAGACGUUAUGAGGUCACUGUGUUUAUCGGUUUGUUUUAUUCUACACUCUUCUGCAGUAUAGCAGUUCUGAUUGUGUAGCUAAUUGUACUUCUAGCUCAUGCACAAAUUUAUUUUUGGAUUGAAGCCAUUUCAUGUGUUUUUGAGUGAUUUUAAUCUGAUUGAGAUUGUAAACUGUAAACAAUCUGUAGCCCGUUGACAUUUUUUGCACUGUAAUGGAAUAAACUGUAAGUA